AUUGUUCAUGAACAUCACAUCAUAUUUGUAAUGCUAUUACUAUAAUCAAACCGUGAAAUUUAAUAUUGAAAAAUAUAAUAGUAUUUUAAAUCAAAAGUAACGAAUCUUCAAAAUGGUAAGUGAACUAUAAUAUAUAACUUAAUCACUAUUGUAUUUUAAAUAAUAUAUUUGCUGAUCACAGUUCUUUCGGAGCUUUGCUUUUCGACCAGAAUACAGGAAUGGAGUAAAUCAUCUAAUGUUUACAGUAGUUCAAAGUUCAAUAAAAAAUAGAUGAUACUGUUAGGUUUGGGAAGAUUUAUGUUAAAUGUCUAAAGAUUAAUUUUUCAUACGCGUAAACUACUCUCCGAUUUGCGGUAUUUUAUUAGAAUGAGUCUUUGAGUUUAAAAACAGUGGUAAUUCAAACUCUAGUAUUCAAUCUCAUUUAAUUUUUUUUUUUUAGAAUGUAUGAGGUUUUUUGCUUUGUUCUACUGCUUGGAUGUUACUAAAAACUAAGAAAAUAACAAAACUGAAUACACUAUAUCAGUUAUUCGUAUUAUAAUUUUUGUAUUAUUCUAUAUUACCUAUUAUUAAAAACUUCCAUAUGGGAGACAGCCGAAGUAACUAUUUAUUAAAAGUUAAUCAAAAAUGUAUAUUUUAUCCAACUGUUUUUUAAUUUCCAAUAGUAUACACUAUUAGCAGUCUCAUUCUUUAAUAAGUACCUACCAUAGAAUUAUAUUUGUAGUUUACCAAUAAUUUUCUGGGAGGUUUGUAAAACAUCUUAUCGUCUAGGUCUUUUCUGGUUUUAAUACUUUUUUCAUGAUUGUAUUAUAUUUCAAAUAUUUUUUGAUAUUAUUAGGGAGAGCCAGUUGAUACUGAACCUGCUGCUCCUUCUGCAGAAGAAAUAAUUAUUAAACAUCCAUUGGAAAAUAAAUGGACCCUUUGGUUUUAUGAAAACAAGAGUAAAGUUUGGGAAGAAAAUAUUCACGAAGUUGCAAGUUUUGAUACUGUUGAAGAUUUUUGGUGGUAAGUUAAAUAAAUUGAAUUUAAAAAAUUUCAUUUAAUAUAAAACAAUACUUUAAUUCUGACUGUUGAGUUCAAAAUAAAAAAAGAAAGUCAAAUUAUUAAAAAAACUACUUUUAUAUUUUUGCUCCUCUAUCCUUACCUUAUCAUCAUACUGCAGUCAAUUUUUGUUAUUUCCGUGUUUUUAUUAUUAUUUGCUGCAUCUUAACAUUUUAAUUGUAGUUUUACUCUAUUUAAAUGUUUAAUGAUAUUUUAUAUUUUAUGUUACAUGUUAAAAAUCUUUGUAAAAUUUUUUUAUGCCAUACGAAAAAUAAAAUAAAUUUAAAAAUUUGGUAGAUUUUCAAGUUUGGUUUUGCUCAAGAGUUAGACAGGUCUGGUGAAUGGUUAACAUUUUUCAAAUUCUGCAAAUUCUUGCUUUUAAACCAGGUGUUUCUUGGCGGGAAGUAUGAAAAUCAAAAAUUUGGACUGGAUGCACGAAAAAUAAAUGUGUUUGGUUUUCUUCAUUAUUUUAAUUUUUUUACCCUAAUAGCCAGACUUCAAUUUAUUUCUUAAUGUCUAUAAUUAAUAAAUUUUAAUUAAGACAAAAUCAUAAUUUGAAAAAAAAAAUUACCUGUGUAUUAAAUAUAGUAGAACCUUGACUAUCCAUCAGUUAUCACUAUCUUAUACAUUAACAUGUUUUAAAAAGUUUAUAACAACAUAUUAUGAUAACUUCCCAACACACUCAAUUGAUAAAUGAAUAUCUGAUUGUAGAAUUAUCACAUAACGUAUAGAGUGUAUGAUUUAUUUUAGAAAAACUUAUAUUUAUUUCAGUCAUGAUUCAGUCAGUUUUGAUUAGAACCUGUUUGAGGACGAUGCAAGCUGUGCACUUGCAGAGAGCCCCCUCACUCUUAAAGGCCUUGCGUCUAAUCACAAUCAUAGUUAGAUAGUAAUUUUACAUAUUAUUUAGAAAAAUAUAAACUAAAAUGAAUGAACUAAGAAAAAUUGUAUUGUAAAGAUUUACCUAUGCUUGGUAUUAGAAGGUGAAAAGCAAAAAAAAAAAGUAAUUCAAGACUCGUAAAGAUGAUCGUACAGAGCUUUGGUGUUUUCCAAUCUGGCCCUGCUCAUAAUCCCUUGGCUUUACUUUAUAUUAAUAUUUGAAAAUUCCCAUUCAAUUUAAUUUAAUUAUGUUUUAUAGAAAUAAUAAUUCUAAAUAUGUAUUUUUAGUUUGUUUAAUCACAUUAAACCUCCAAGUCAACUAUCUUUACAUUGUGAUUAUAACUAUUUUAAAAAUGGCAUCAAGCCUAUGUGGGAAGAUGACAAAAAUAGUACUGGUGGCCGUUGGUUGUUACAGUUACCACCUGCAAAAAAUAGUCCACAAGUGGAUGAUUAUUGGAAAAAUUUAGUAAUAACUAAUUUUAUUUAUUUUCUAUUAUUUGAUUUUAAAUUCUAAAAUGACUUUUAGAUAAUGAGUAUAAUUGGUGAAGUUUAUGAGCAUAGCUGUGAAAUUAAUGGAGCUAUAGUUAAUAUACGAAGUAAAGGAACUAAAAUAGCAAUAUGGACAAACAAUGCAUCAAAAGAAAAUGGAGAUAACAUUAUAACAAUUGGGUAUGUAAUAAACAAAAUUUAAGUCUUAUUGCUUAUUUUGUUGGCUUUACUUUAAAUCAUUUAUUUAUGUCAUGUUCUUAAUUAAAAUAUGAAAAUAUCUUUGUUUUAUUAUUGCAACAGAAUUUUUUUUUUUUGUAUAUUUUCUACUUUAUCUCUUACAGACCUUCAUGUCGUGAAGGUUUGAUUUUUUAAAUAUUCUUCUUUGUUCAAACCAGUCUUAUGUCUGUGAAGGUUACAUUUGAACUAUUGAUACCCCUUUUUUUUUUCUUUAGUGUUCCCUUAAGUAUUUGUAAAAAAAUUACACAAGUAAGUUGAGAAAAAAUAUAGAAAAGAAAGUUAGGUUAAGUUAUGAUUAUUGGGACAGAAGACAUGUAGCUCUAAAAUAUCACUGAAUACUUAUGCAUUUAAAAAUCUAAAAAGUUACUCUACAUUUUUUUUCCUAGAGAUUUAAUUUAUUAUUACAAAGUCUAAAAUAUGAAAAACAAUACAUUAUCUACUUAAUUUAAUUAUAUGCCCCACUAUGACUAAAUAAAUUUAAAAAAUUGUCUUAUUGAGAUUGUUACUUUUACUUUUUAUUGGUUUAAUUAAGUAGACAAUUAAACAUUACUUGUGUCAAUUGAUUGAUGAAUUGGACCAUUAUGAUAACUACUGACAUAAAAUUGUUGCUAAUUAUUUAUGAGUAGGGAUGUCAUUUUGAUAAAUAUUAUUUUUUAAAAUUGUACAAAACAAAACCUUAAAAAAUAUUCAAUUCAAAAUUAUAAAAUGUGUAUAACUGAAAUUUGUCUAGAAUUGUUUUUUGUUGGCAAUGGUUUAUUAGUACAUACAGAUAUUAAUUAAAUAACUAUAUGAGGUUUUAGUCAAUUAGUCAAUUAUAGUUUAUUAUUUAUUUUUAUUAUUAGUUUAGUCAAUUAAACCUACCCAUAUUUUACCAAAAAACCAUAAUAAAAAAAUUAAUAAUAAUAAGCUGGUACUGGGAAAAACAAAUUUAUUUUAGGUUUACCUAGAGAACUAGCUAUCACAUAGAGUUUUCUAAUAAUUGGAUGACCAAUGGAUUGACAUGGUGAUCUAAUUUCGUCUCGUCUUUGUGAUCAAAUUUGGAUUUCACCAGCUAUUGUAGGCAGCAUCAUAUCACGGUGAAUGGCAUUGUUUCUUUCAAACCAGUAGGCUACAGUGAUGGUCCAAAGAGUGAUGUUUUAGCAACGUAGUAUAUCAAUAUUAGACUUACUGGCACACUCGAAUGCCAUAGGUCCAAAUUGGUUUUAUGAUAGUUACUUAUAGUAGAUGUUUGUUUGCUAUAGUUAACUUGGAGUGGGUCUAACUAAUAGAGCUUUCUAAUUUUUUUUUGUAAUUUGUAUUUUUUUCUAAUGGUGUUUCCAGUUUAAAUAGGAGUCUGUGGUACAUUAUAAAGUAUUUUGUUAAAUCUUUUUAAGAGAUUUAUGUUUGAUUCAACAUGAUUUAAGAGGAUUUUUUUCUGCUUUACAUAAUGUAUAGUUGACGUGUACUGAUUUAUCACCAUUUAUCUUAAUUGUCCAACAUCUCUUCCAGGCAAAUAUGUUGUCAAUUAAUUCUUAGAAGUUAUCAGUUGCAAUUAGUUGAUUCUUACUUGUCGAAAAAAUUGUCGUAUCAUUGACAAACAUAGCUAUCGUUGUGUUGUCAUUGUUUGGUAUAUCAACUAUGUAGAGUAGGUACAGGAUAGGUCUUGAGAUACUCCAGCUAAUAUAUCUUCCCAUUUGGUUACUGUUUCUUCAUGUAUGGAUUGGAAUUAGCAGUCAGUUAAAUAUGACUCAAAAAGUGCCCACCAGGUAUGUGGCAGUUGAUCAAGCAAUUUGAUGAGGAAACCCUUGUGCCAGACUUUGUCAAAAGCCUGAGCUACAUCAAGGAACACUCCACAGCAGUAAUCUUUUUCUUCAAAAGCUUUACUUACCACGUUAGAUUAACUUGAUCAAUUGUCGAAUGUUGUGGAAUCCAAACUGAUGGUCCGGUUUAAGAUGUUUUUCUUCUAUGAUUGGUUUUAGAUGUUAAAGUAAAAGUUUCUUUAAGAGAGAGUUAAGACAAUCUUGGGAGGAGUGAUAUCAGUCGAUAUGAUGUUACAUCUUCUGGUGGUUUUCAAAAAAAAAAAAAUCAAAAGUCCAAAAACCAUUUUAAUGUAUAUUUUCUGUUUUUUCUCAAUUAUUAAAAAAAGAAAUAAUUUUGAGUGGAGUUCAGUUAUACAUAUUUAAAAAGGCUAUAAUAUUUACAAUUUUAAGUUAUAUAUUUCAUACAUUUUCCUGAUUUUCUCCAUUUAUAUUUAUAUUCUAUAUAUUAUUAUAUUUAUAUUCUUUAUAUAUUCUUUUAAUGUGAGUAUUUUUACCUACUUUUUACUUUCCAAUAGGCUAAUUAAUUAUUUCUUUUUAAAUUCAUAUCUUAUAUUGAUUACGUAUUUACCACUUCUACUUAUUUUUAGCUGUAAUUAAUCUUAAUGUUGUAUUGUACAUUUGUAACUCUUUCAAUCUACGUAUUAUUAUUGUAAUUGGAAUAUUAUUCCGUAUAUAUAUAAAUAAAUAAAUAAAUAAAUUUAUUAUGAAUUCCUAGGCAAAUCAAAAAAUGACCACUUUCAAGUACCACCCCAAUAAUAUUUUCUUUCAGAAAAAGUGUUACAGGUCAAAAUGUAUGGUAGAGAAGUUCAUAAAUAAAAAAUAAACUUCAUUAUAAAACCAAUAUAAUCCUUGCUCAACAAAAAAAAAUACAAGAAAAAUCAAAAAAUUUGGUGCUGAUAACUCAUAAAAUUAAUAUGAGGAAAAUUAUUAUAUUAUGUAUUUCAUUGAUAUAAAACUAUAUAUUUGUAACAUAUUAAUUUGUUUAAUAGUUCUGUAUUUUAGACAUAACCUGUAAUGUAUUAGGACAUUAAAAAAUAAAUAAAAAUAACUUAGUCAAUACAAACAUUUAUUAUAAUUAGGUGAACACAAUUGUAUUAAAUAAUUUUAAAAACCUAUAUUAAUAUUCUUUGCAUAUACUUUUGGGUCCAUGGAGUACUUUCAAUAUAUUCGUCUUAUCUGCUACUUAAAAUUAUAUGUAUAAUAAAUAUUUUUUUUUUAUUUAUGGGAUUCAUUAUUAUUUUUAAUAUUAUAUAUUAUGUAUUAAUUUACAGCGAGACUUUCUUAGUACGUUUUAUGGUUCCGAUUUUUUUUUUAAUUUAAUAUUUCCAUACAAAAUAAAAUAUAUAAACAUUCAACUUUUAAUUAAAGAAAUUUAGGCUUUUUAAUAUACCACAUUAUCUUUUUAGAACAGAGCAAAGAAUGUAUUGAUUUUACAAUGAUUUUUUUUAUUUUGUACAAAAAUUCUACCAGAAAUCUUACUCCAUAGUAUCAAGUGAAGCACUUUUUCUGAAAGGGAAUUUUCAUAGGGUGGCUAUUUAAGAUCAUUUUUUGAUUUUCCUAAGAGUUUUCUUAAUAAAUGGAAAAAAAAAUCAGGAAUAUGUACGAAAUGUAAGUGUUAGUAAAAAAAAUAUUUAGAUUUUUUUUCUGUGAACAACUUGUUUAAAAUCAAUUUUGCUCUGAUUUUUAACUGACUUUUGCUGAAAGGAAAUUUGACUUGUUUUUAUAAUAAAUGGGAAAAACCAAAAAAAAAGAAACUGGAAAGUAGGUGCAUUAUUAAAUAAAAUAUAUAAAGCAUAUGUAAUUAUUUUACCAUAAUAUGACAUAUAUAUUAUUGAUAAAGCAAUACUAUUAACUGAACUCUUCUCAGAAUUCUUUUUUGUUAGCAAUGGUUAGUCGUUUUUGUAAUACAUUUCCCUUCUAACUUUCCAACUUCUUACUUAUAACGAUGGUUCACUCAUGUGUGAAGUAUCUACCUGUGUCCGUCUUCUUUUUCAUUAUUAUGUUUGUUUAGGUAAUGUAAAAUGCAUUAAUUUUCAUUAUCAUUGUAAUAUCAGUAACUGUAUUGAAUUAAAUGUCAAUUUUGUUUUCCAUAUAGGUAUCUAAUUUAUCAAUUCGAAAUAGUCGUUUUGAAUACUAAAAACAAAUUACCUACAUACAUUUUUUUUUUUUAAAUUUCAAUUAUUUUUUGAGUUAUUUGUUUUUACCAUUAUUUCAGAAAGAAAAUAAAAGAAGUUUUGGGCAUUCAAAAUGAAAAGUUGGUGUACGAGGCCCAUGAAGACACUGCAAACAAACAUGGAACAUUUGCAAAACAUGCUUUUAUGUUGUAAAGUUGAAAAACGAGUGAAGAGUUUAAAGAAAAUUUCUUAUCAAAAAACCAUCGAUGAUAAAAUAAAUAUAUUUUUAAAAUAUCUACAUUAAUAUUGAUAUUUGAUUUUUCAAUAUUUUAAACAUUGCAUUAUGUAUAACAAUAAAAUCUGGUUUCUCCGUCUAAA